AUGACUUCCAAAGAAGAACCCAAGCCCUCCUCGGGGGAAGAACGGCGGCGGAGCCCCUUGGAUCACCUCCCACCGCCGGCCAACUCCAACAAGCCCCUCACCCCCUUCAGCAUCGAGGACAUCCUCAACAAGCCCUCGGUGCGGAGGAGUUACACCCUCUGCGGAACGGCACACCUCCUGUCCGCUGCGGAGAAGCACCCCCCGGCCGGGCUGCCCCUCUCCGGCCGGGCGCUGCUUUCCCAGACCUCGCCCCUCUGCGCCCUGGAAGAGCUGGCCAGCAAGACCUUCAAAGGGCUGGAAGUCAGCGUGCUGCAGGCGGCCGAAGCGCCGGGGAAAACGGGGAUGGACGAUUUCGGGCCAGCGGCAAACGCCCAAAGAAAGCGUCGGAAGUCGCGGACGGCCUUCACAACCAUCAGAUUCUACGAGCUGGAGAAGCGGUUCCUCUACCAAAAAUACCUGUCCCGGCGGACCGGGGACCAGAUCGCCCAGCUCUGGGGCUACACCAAACCCGCCCAGGUUAUCACCUGGUCCAGAACCGCCGCGCCAAGCCUCAAGAGAACCUGGAGGGAGAUGAAAGGCCGGAACGUGGAAUCGGGCAAAAAGCUGGGCCCUAACCCGCCGGUGGACAUCGUGGCCUUGGCUGAGCUGGGGAGCCCAGCGCCGAAGGGAAGGGCAAGGCGGCGGCCCGGGUCCCCGCCGCCGCCCCCCCGCCGCCGCCCGGGAGCCCGGUGCAACCCGCCACCGCCCCCGCCCCGCCUUUCGCCCCCCCACGGGCGGGCCCCGCAAGCCGCCGGGACAGCGAGAGAAAGGAGGAGGAGGAGGAGGGAGGGAGGACCUCCAAACCGGCACCUCGCCCCCAUCCCGGCCCCGGCAGCAACGGGCGGUUGCGGCUGCUCCCCUCGGUCGGAGCAAUAA